AUGGCUGCCGUCGGCUCCAGCGUCGAGGAGCCUAAAACCUUGGUCGAUGCACAGCCACUACUUAAGCCCUUGACACGCAACUGGGCGAAAGGUGCUCGCCUCGAGUUCCUAAACGGUUACAUUGACAAUUACAAUGCUGCGCUCACCCACCCUAACUGUGAGGCGUGCUCGGAUCUAAUCAACAAAACCGUGAAUGCAUGGUUUGCGAAAUUCCACUGGACUCUUACUGUCAAGGAGGAUCCGGACGUCAUCCAACCACGCGUGCCUCUCGGUGAAGGUGGUUUCGAGCGCCUACCUGAUGAGGACAGCGCUACAAAAGGCAAAGUCAUCGAACGAAUGCGCACUUCGCUCACUAACUGGUUCGAUCGCUGCACAAAACGAGCCUCUAAAAAAUGUCCCAAGUCAGCUGCCGCCAAUCCAGCAGCCAUUCUUCUCGAUAGGCUGCUCGGUACAGACUCAGGCCCCUCCAAGCUGACUACUGGAUGGGCGGUGUGGGGGAAAGCGAACUUCCCAUCCAUGAAGGCAGCAUUCGACGAAUCGUUCCAAGCGGGGGGGAAGCCAGAAGCUCAAUGCGCGUCCGAGUGCAAUAAGUUCAAGAAACUUGAGUUUGAGAAGUUGAGCGAGGAGGAACAAGAGUUGUGGAACGACAAGGCAAAGAAAGACCAUCAGGAGGUGAAGGACGCCUAUCAGAACCUCAGGGACAACUUACCUGAAUUGUUGCCUCCAAAAGAGGCUCAGCUAGCUCUCAACAAGCUUCCGAACGUCUUGGGCCCGGUAGUACAUGGACUCGGACAAGCUCUGGGGAUGCACAUCACGGUUUUAUUGGGGGGACCUGAGCCGAUGAAAAAGGGGGUUCUCAAUAUUAUGAGCCUCCAUCAGGGGCUGAACAAGGCACCUGUCCCGAAACCUUGGGGAACAGCCAGUACUUUAUUGUGCCCUACCUAUUCCUGUCGGACUCCGGUCAUUCCUGUGGAUUCCGGUGGAAUGGGACUGGACUCCGGCGGAAUCCGCAGGAAUGGGACUGGAAUCCAGUGGAAUCCAGCGGAGUCCUGCGGAAUCCGAUUCCAGUUGAAUAAGACCACAAUCCACCAUAAAUAG